CCUCGUUGCUUGCGGACUCUCUCAGCGCUUCCUUUCUUUUCUCCCGUUUGUUCUUCUUUGCUCUGCACGUCUUUCUGUCUUUCUGUCUCAGCCAUCCAGCAACACACGCAGCCGUUUGACGCAGAAAGCCUCCAAAAAGAAAAAAGAGACGCCCCCUACUGACUCCCUCUCUUGAGAUAAACAGAAAGGACAAGACCGCACACAGAUAAGCAGCAGACACAUCCUGCCUGAUAACAAGCAGACUCCGAGACCAGCAGUCGGACGUUUGGCUUUCUGUGCGAUAACAAGAGCACCGCAGCGCCCAGCACACGCACACGCACACACACACACACACACACACAAAGCAGAUAAAGAACAGCGACCAGCCUGCUCAGAACGAUGAUUCUGAACAGAUACAACCAGAACUUGAACACCGGCGACAACAUCAUGGCCAGCAGCACCACUGGUACCAACACCAGUCACAACAGCUCCUCGUACACCGCCUUGGACGUCCUCCUCAACUCUUCCGCCUCAGACACCUCCGUCACGUCCUCCCACUCGAUCAACCCCACCCCGAUGUCGUCCGAGUACUCCUUAUCGAACAGAAGCUCAUUGGCAGACGUCUCGUUCAACGCUCUUGAAAGCAUCAGCAAUGACAUCAACAACCUCAACAGCUUGAACACCAUCAACUCCAUCAACAGCCUGAACGAUUCUUUCGACAAUGACGCAAGCACUAUCGACGUCAACAACAUCAAUAAUGCUGAGAACAACCCAAGUAGCGUCAUGAACAACUUGUGGAACUCGACUUCAGAUAAUUCUAACUUGCCUUCAAACUCAACUUUCAUAAACUGGAACCCAAACUACCUGAGCAGCAACCCUAACAACAACCACAAUGAUAACCCUAUACUGUCCAAGCCAACUUCUCCAGUCCCACAGUCCUUUGCAACCCUGAGAAACUCCAAAAAUUUACAAUUCUCCUCCAACGAUCCUUUUCUGCCAGCGGAUUUGAAGACCAGUGACAUGGCAACCAUCAACAACACCAGUUUGGACGACGCUAUUUACAAGAUAAACUCCUCGGAAAGCCUCUACAAAUGUCUAUCUAAUCAUCUACUGAGCAACAUCAGCAAGGCUACCACGAACACAAACUUAAACAACGAAAGUCUAUUGAACAACCAGUUCCUGAACAAACCAGCUUUCCCACUCAACAACAAUACGAUGGCAGGUUAUUCUUGGAAUGCGAAUGUGGGGCUUCUCAACAUCUCUGACGAUCUGAACAACCAUCAGAGCUCAUCAUCUUACUCCAACUCUUCAACCGCUUCCAGUGUUUGUGACGAUUUGAUCAAUCACAGUUAUUAUCAAAACCACUUGAACAACAUCAACCAUGCCAACAACGCUUCACCCAAUAACACUAAUAUUCAUCAUACCAACUCCAACCAUCUCAACAAGAACAAAACCGACAGGUCUUUGUUCAAGACAGAGCUUUGUGCAACUUUCCAGAAGACAGGAUUUUGUCCUUACAACGACAAAUGCCAAUUUGCUCAUGGAUUGGACGAGUUGAAGUCAGCACCAAAAUCGAGGAAAUGGAAGACUAAGAUGUGCAAAAACUGGACCGAAAAGGGACAUUGCAGAUAUGGCAAGAGGUGUUGUUAUAAACAUGGAGAAAAUGAUGACGGAUCUUCCGUUAAUUCAUUAUUUCCACCACAUGUCGUUUUAAAGCAUUGAUUUUCAUGAUCAUCAAUCAUUGAUGAGACAACUUUUCAAAUAUUUCACAUGCUUAUUUUAACUUUACUACUUAUUUCAGGGAUC